CUUUAAAAUUCAAAAAUAGUAGGGAAUUUGUCAUUAUCACCAGUGCCACAUAACCUCAACCUCUUGCGUUGUUGUGUGUUGUCAAUAAUCGCCCCAAUUUCUUACUGUGUUUUUGUGAGUGCUUAAAAAAUGACCACCGACACCGAAACCUCCCCACAGCCCAAACCCAAGCGUAAAAGCCGCUCCAAAUCCCCUGAAUCCCGUAAAAAACGUCGUGACGACUCGCCCCAUAAAGACUCCCGGAAGCGUUCCCGCCGUUCGCGUUCACGAGACCGUCGCAAAAGUCGCAAAUACCACGACUUGGACCGCCCCCUUGAAGAAUACCCUCGGUAUUACGGCGAGGAUCAAGAACACAAGAAAAACAGCGAUAGAUAUUGGACCAAAUACCCCCGCAAGGAUGACCAUCAGGUGGGUAGUAGGUAUUACGGGGGCGAGCCCGACGAUAAAGACAAAGAGUCUGAGAAGGAGACGGAUAAGUCGGUGAUAGCCCCCCGUGAGCGCAAAACCGUGGAUUUACUGACACGGACAGGUGGGGCUUACAUCCCUCCAGCGAAGCUGCGGAUGAUGCAAGCGGAGAUUACUGAUAAGAGCUCGGCGGCGUAUCAAAGAAUUGCGUGGGAGGCGUUAAAAAAAUCCAUUCAUGGGUUUAUUAACAAGGUGAAUACGUCCAACAUUGGGAUUAUUUCGCGGGAAUUGCUCCAUGAGAAUGUGGUAAGGGGGCGCGGACUGCUCUGCAAGUCCAUAAUACAAGCGCAAGCUGCGUCCCCAACUUUCACAAACGUGUACGCAGCCCUGGUCGCUGUCAUCAAUUCGAAAUUCCCUAAUAUUGGAGAAUUGUUACUGAAACGUUUGGUUUUGCAAUUCAAGCGCGGUUUCAAGCAGAAUAAUAAAAUUAUCUGCAUUUCGGCCACGACUUUUGUGGCUCAUUUGGUUAAUCAGAGGGUUGCGCAUGAAAUUCUCGCCUUGGAGAUUUUGACUCUUUUGGUGGAGACGCCAACUGAUGAUUCGGUUGAAGUUGCGAUUUCGUUUCUGAAGGAAUGUGGACAGAAAUUGACUGAGGUUUCGAGUAAAGGCAUUAAUGCCAUCUUUGAAAUGUUGAGGAAUAUUUUACAUGAGGGGAAGUUGGAACCGAGGAUUCAGUACAUGAUUGAAGUUAUGUUCCAAAUCAGGAAGGACGGGUUUAAGGAUCAUGCCGCUGUUAUUGAAGAGUUGGAUUUGGUGGAUGAGGAGCACCAGUUUACACAUUUGAUUACGCUGGAUGAUGUUAAGCAAUCAAAUGCUGAGGAUAUUUUAAAUGUGUUUAAAUUCGACGACAACUACGAGGAAAACGAGGGGAAGUACAAGACUUUGAGCAAGGAAAUCCUGGACAUGGACAGCGAGUCGGGCUCCGGCUCGGAGGAAGAGUCCGGUGACGAGGAAGACGACGAAGACGAGGACGAAGAGGAAGAAGAAGGCGCCCAAAAGAACGAAUCCAACAUAAUCGACAAUACGGAGACCAACCUCGUGGCCCUACGCAGAACAAUCUACUUAACCAUCCAAUCAAGUUUAGAUUUUGAGGAAAGUGCCCACAAACUAAUGAAAAUGGAACUGAAACCGGGCCAAGAAAUCGAAUUAUGCCACAUGUUCCUCGACUGUUGUGCCGAACAACGGACUUACGAGAAGUUUUACGGAUUAUUGGCACAGAGAUUUUGUCAAGUGAAUCAGAUUUAUGUCGAGCCAUUCCAACAAAUCUUCAAAGACACGUACGCCACAACACACAGACUUGACACAAAUAAAUUGCGAAAUGUUAGCAAGUUUUUCGCACAUUUGUUGUUCACCGAUGCGAUUGGAUGGGAGGUUUUAGAAAUUAUGAAACUGAACGAAGAGGAUACCAAUAGUUCCAAUCGGAUUUUCAUCAAGAUUUUGUUCCAGGAAUUGGCCGAAUAUAUGGGCUUGGAGAAGUUAAAUGCCAGGCUUAAAGAUGCAACGCUUCAGCCACAUUUUGAGGGGCUGUUUCCGCGCGAUGAUCCCAAAAAUACAAGAUUUGCGAUUAAUUUUUUCACGUCGAUUGGCUUAGGGGGGCUUACGGCCGAGUUGAGGGAACAUUUGAAAACAGCCCCUAAAGUCAAUCCCUUGACGAUUACUGAAAAAUCAAGUGAUUCUAGCAGCAGUAGCACUAGCAGUUCAAGCUCAUCCAGUUCCGAUAGUAGUGAUUCGGAUUCGUCAAGUUCCGAAGAUGAGAAACCACGUAAGAAGAAGGAAGAAAAGAAGAGGAAAAAACCGACAAAAGAAGCAUCAGACGAUGAUAAAAAACGAAAAACAGAUGCGAGGAAACACAGACAUAAUGAGAGACGGUCACGCGAUCGAGACGAUCGGAGGCGGCGUAGGAGCCCCGAGAGGAAGCAUAAGAGUAGGAGAUAAGUUACUUUGUACAUAAAUUGUAUUGAAUAAAUAUUUUUAUUUGUGA